AUGGCCCUUAAGUCAUUUGCCAUGCACAUGAUAGGGAUUAUUAUAGAGCAACGUACACUUACCCUACACCAAAUAGAGGAAGAUAUUAAAGAUAUCCAGAUGAAACUUGCGCCCUUCUUAGAAAUGGAAGAGUUCAAGAAUCUUAUGGAUAAA